AUGGCGCUUGAUCCGGGAUCCGGCGCCAUUGCGGGCUCGCCUGAGAGUUCCGGCCGGGAUUCUCCCAUACCGCGUCAAUGGAGAAACCAACUUGGAGGAGAGGAAAUCCCGAUCAAGGACAAAGCUUAUCGCAGAUAUGCUGCUGGUGUUGAGAAGACACUUUCGCUGUUUGAAACCGCCCUCGAGGAAUGGGCAGACUAUAUUUCCUUUUUGAACAAGCUGCUCAAGUCGCUUCAAGCUCGGCCACCAUCGUUUCAUUCCAUUCCAACCAAGGCCCUCGUUGCCAAACGUCUUUCGCAAUGCCUCAAUCCCGCUCUGCCAUCGGGUGUACACCAAAAGGCCCUCGAGCUGUACAACUAUAUAUUCACAACGAUAGGGACGGAUGGCCUGUCUCGGGACCUGCCCCUAUAUCUCCCGGGCCUUGCGCCUACACUGUCAUUCGCCUCACUGUCUGUCCGAUCGCCGUACCUAGACCUCUUGGAAACCCACUUCCUUGACCUCGACCCCAGAUCGCUACGGCCAGCCAUGAGAUCUAUUAUACUUGCCUUGCUUCCUGGAUUAGAGGAGGAAACAAGUGAGGAUUUUGAUAGAACAUUGCAUCUGGUGGCACGGUUCAAGGAAGCCAUACGGCCUCGGGAAAGUGUGAGGCUGGGAGAGCACCAUGCCUCUGGAGACGAUUUCUUCUGGCAGUGUUUCUUCCUAGCUGCCAUAACUAGCCAUAGCCGCAGGUCUGGAGCCUUGGCUUAUCUUGUGCGCUAUCUACCUAAGCUUGGCCCGACUGCCUCCGCUGGCGCUGGGGAGGAAGGAAUCACGAAGAGCCUGCACGCUAUCGUAACGUCACCCGAGCCGGGCUUACUAGUACGAUGCUUCGCAAGCGGCUUAGGUGACGAGCAGCUGUUAAUUCAACGCGGCUUUCUCGACCUUCUCGUAUCGCAUUUGCCCCUUAGUUCGGACGUUCUCCAAUCUCGGGUAAAGCCAGCGGAUCUAGAGCUGCUCGUGAAAGCAGCAGUUGGUGUAGUUACCAGACGAGAUAUGAGCUUAAAUCGUCGUCUUUGGGCAUGGCUGUUAGGGCCUGAGCCGACCGGUCAAGAUGGCGACCAUAAUGAACAAAACCAAGCCUACCUAUCCUCGCGAACGACCUACUUCGAAGACUUCGGGCUGCAGCCUCUCACCAGAGCGCUUCUCCAGAUGAUUCAAGGUGCAUCUCGUGGUAACAGCGCCGAGCGAGCCCGUCCAUACAGAAUUUGUCUCUCUCUCAUGGAUAGAUGGGAGAUUGGCGGCCUUGUAGUACCUGAAAUCUUCAUGCCGGUUGUUGAUAGUGUCCGGAAGUUCCAGGCCCAGGCCGCCAGCAAAUCCGAGUUCGACGAAGUUCUCCGUAGCGCCAGCGUUUUCUUCGAUGGUAUCGAAAGUGGCUUGAUUUACAGCGAGAUUGUUGGCUUAUUGGCUCAGGCAAUUGGACCAGGAAGCCUCAUUGCAAGGGAUCGCAUGGAUAAGCUUGCGUUGGUCAACUUUAUCGUGUCCAGCUUUAAUGUUCGCGAAGAGGAGAUGGUAACAAUUCACGCGCCGCUGACAUGUUUGGCGGCGUUGUUGAUGCUGGAGGACUCCAAGAACCGCAAGGCGAAGACGGCCUUGACAGAUAUCGAGUCCGAGAAGCUGUGCGACCAAGUUCUCGGCGCCGUUGUUUCACUAUUGGAACUUGUUCCUGAACGAGCAUUCCCUCAGAGACUCGAGCAAAAUGGGAAUCAAAAAGACAGAACAGCUUUGCUAUCGACAUCCAAUGUUGAGCUCUUGAAAAAGAUAAAGACGUUUUAUGUACAUGAACAGGGCAAUUUGGAGUCAUCACAACCCCCUUUUACUGCUGUAGAAUCAGGGGAGUUAUUGUUGGAGAAGGCCGUCAUUUACAUUUGCGAUGACUCAAAGGACUCGCCUGUGAACGACAUCGCGAUCCGCGUACGAAUCUUGACUCAAAUUCUUUCCAAGACGCCUGGAAAUUACCACUUCGACGCAAAACAGCUUGUGUCAUACCUGCAUGGCAAGCUAAGCAAGUCGCAAUCCCUAUUGUUCCCUCAUUUCUCGGCCAUGGUUAUGUUGUCAACACAGCUAUAUUCUGCAAGAAGGAUUCAAGAAAAGGAGUUUUCUGACCUCAUAGGACCAUUAGUUCGCCAUGCCUGGUCCUACUUGUCCGCUUCUGAACCCAAAUACCACGUCGAAACCGUGCGUUGCUUGUGGCAAUUGCAAACGGUACUUACCUUGUCUGGUCGUGACAUUGAGGCCGCCAUUGCUGAAAUUCUGACCAAACCAAUGGCAGGCCCUGAGAAGACGUCUCAUUCGGCUGAAAAUGGACGAACCUUUUCUGUACUGUGGUCACAUAGUCUUCAAGAUGUGUCUUCUGAGCGUAGAGGCUCCAAAGGCCAGACACUGGAUCAACGACAAAUACCACGUCUGUCUGGCACCGAUCACUACCAGGUCAUGCUCACACAGCCCAUGUUUUUGGUUUUGGAUGCCCUUUUGGACGACAGGACACAAACGUACAUGGUUGUUAAAUCAUGGCUGAAUAGUAUGAUUGGAAUCGACAGGCUGUUUCUGAUAUUCGCGAUGAAGAUGGCUCAAUUGCCAUUCCUCAACCAUGUCAUCACCCAUCGUGCAAGCGAGAAAGUCAACUCCCAGCCAACCACAUUCACAGAAGAUGAUGAUUUGGAUUUGUGUCUCUACUACCUACGAACGCUCCACAAUGUCCUCAAAAUAUCUGGUGAUAUGUCCAGAACGGUAUUGGCAUCUAAAUACGUCUCUUUUAGUGACGGCUCGGCUCACAUCAGGGCUGGAGCGGAGGAAGACGAAAUGACGCUUCAAGAUUACUUCGUUCGUGUGUGUAUGAUAUGUGUUAUAGGCGAGCGGCCAUCAUCUUCCAGUCCCGAGUUGGGUGAGCGGAUAUGCCAACUGCAUCGAUUUGCACUAACAAUUCUCCAUCAAUUUUUAUUCAGCCGAUAUGCCGCUCCCCUGUCCAGCCUUGAACUGGAUCAUAUCCUUGUUGAUAAACUCUCGAAAUCCAUCAACACCCCCGACCCCUACGUCCAAGUAUUAUUGCUGGAUGUUGUAUAUGACACCGUUAAACUCAGAAACAUGGCGUUACAUGACAGACAGUCGGCAGAAAUCUCGGAGAAGAGACCUGCGAGUGCGGACAAUUCCAGAAUGGGGCACUCAUCAUUUUCAUCAAGCGAAAUCCAACCAACAGGUCCACCAAUGCCUCCGGCUUUGCUCAAAUGCUUGCAGGCCGGACUGAGCUCGCCAAAUAGCCAAUCGGUCCUUGAUAGCUGGAUAUCGUUUCUUGGCCAAAUUAUCGCCCUCUAUUCGCAGAGCAUUUUUCAAACCGUAAUUCCCCUGGUCGAGACGCUGUGCAAGCACAUAGGAUCCACGUUUGCUGGCCUCCGCGACACUUUCCUAAGCGAGCCAUGCGAAACCAUCACGACAGGGAACACACCCGAGUCGACAUUGAUCUACCUACUCAACGGGCUGGAACAAGUCCUGGCUUUGGCGCAUGAUCAGCUCCUCGCUGAAGAAGCCCGCAUCCAGUUGAUAAAGGGGCCUGAGCAACCAUCAUCGCUAUUCGGAAGCAUGGUAUCUGGUGUUUUCCAGUCAGAAGGUCCUCAAUCACGAAGCGCCUCGGCCAAUGAUCGCCUUACUGUUCAUCUCGCUUUUCAAGAUGCGAUGCGCAUCUGCUAUGCGAUAUGGUCUUGGGGUCAAGGCGAUGACUCCAGGAAACAGGAUUCUGGCUCCUCAGCGUCUUUUGGCUACACGUCUUUACGUAUGAGAAACCGUGCUCGCAGAUUAAUGGAACACCUCUUUACCGCAGAGAUUUUGGAAUGUCUAGAGACCGUCAUUGACAUCUGGCGAGCUUCUGGCAGCGACACGGAGCGGACACAAAUUUUCAACUUUCUCUCAUCCCUUGAUGCAUGCCGACCGAGGCACUCUAUUCCCGCGCUGUUUAAUGCAAUUUAUAGCCGGACGAACCCUGGCGCCUUAGAUCCAGCCCGGAAAUCCACCCUGACAAUUUCCCUGCAAGAUUCCGAUCUUGUUGUGUUUCUUGUCGAGUAUAGCAGGUCUUUGGAAGAUGACGCCAUGGACGAGAUUUGGCAAGACUGCAUGACAUUUCUCAAGGACCUUCUCGGGAACCCAUUCCCGCAUCGCCAGACGCUGCCCGGUCUUCUUGAAUUCGCAGCUAUUCUCGGUGAAAAGGUGGACAAUACCAACUUCGGAGAGCAGAGACGGAUGCGGCGAGAGUUGGGAGAUAUCUUCCUGCGACUACUAGCUGCUUUGUUCACGACUCGACCUUUAACGUUUGCAGAGUCUGGGAGCCUCACCAAUAUCCCGGAAAAAUCCAAGGCGGAUGGCCCACGAAGACAGGGGUCGAGAGGAGAUGGGCCUGACGACGUCGUCUCAGUAUUGGCAUCUGUGGUACCAAACCUAUCCAAGAUCCUUCUUGAACCCGACCGAGUUCUCUCUGCUGCUGGCACCAUCUCGACCAAUGUUGUUGGGCCGACUUUGCGUUCCAAGUCAUUCCCAGACACCGUAACGUCUAAUACUUUGAGACUGUUUCACGAGCUGUCGAGACUGCAAAACAACCAAAAGACCUGGAAAAGGGAUAUUGGGGACUCAUUUAACGACAACCGCUUCUUUGGGAUGAACCUGGAUCUGGUCAAGGAUGGAUGGCUACCCUUGCUUAAGCAGUGGGUUCUCACGGACAAGGAGCGGAUGCCAGAAAUCGUAGCUCGCAUCAGUGCUCCAACCACGGCAGGCAUAGUAUUUGGCGUGGGCGCAACCUCAGCGAGACUGGAGGCAGACAGGAAGACACAGCUCAACCUGCGCCGAAUUGCAACGCUGGUUCUGGCCGCUGCGGACGAUGGCUUCGUUGCAGAACUGCCCACCAUCUUCGACAAAGUGGUUGAAUUACUAUCAGCCACAUCAACCUCCUCUCCAUCGUCAACAACCCGAGCCGAUGUAUACAUGGUCAUCCGGGCGUUGGCUCUCAAAACCAGCCCGAUCCACCUCGCCAUGACGUGGCCCGUCGUCAAUGGCGAGAUCCACGCCGCCAUCUCAUCCGUCGUCGCACCAGAUCACAGCGCCGCAUCGGACAUGUAUCUCAACAGUGGCAUUUUACAAGCGUGCAAGCUUCUCGACUUGCUCAUCUGCGUCGCCCCAGACGACUUUCAGCUUCACGAGUGGCUCUUCAUCACCGACACCAUAGAAGCAGUCUACCGCUCGUCCACGUAUCAGCCCAUAGCGCUUGUGGACGAGCUCUCUGAGGAGUUGGGUAGCUUCAGCACCCACGGUGCCUUGCAAACGGAUACGGAGGCGCAUGUGGCGGCGAGCGGCCCUCAUAGACGGCCGCUUCUCGGGCCAGGUGGUAUCAACGAUGAUGUUAGCCUGGAGAGAAAGGAUGAGCUAGUGGCCAAGAUUUUACGCCCGUUCUUUGGGCAACUGAGCAUCUAUGCGUUUGAGUCUACGUAUGCCAUGGGAGCGCUGGAUAGAGAGGCUUGUAUUGAGGGGUUGUUGAAGGAUCUGUUUGACGAGAGGACUAUGGUGAGGGCACUGUGA